AUGGACCCCGUGUCUGCCUGGGGCGUAAUUACCGGAGCUCUCCAGGUCGUGCAGAUAAUCGGCCAAACAAUUCAGGGUCUUUCGGCGCUGCGAGGAAAAUACCAAAAUGCCGACCUCACCAUUCGCUCUAUGAUAGGCGAAUUGUCAACCAUCAAAUCCGCCAUCACCCAGUUGCACGACUGGGCGAUAUACAAUGCCGGAGUCAGUUCUAGCCAUGUAGAGUAUGAGGAAAGUCUCGGCGUCGCAAUCGACGGCUGUCGCGCCAUCAUGGAGGUGCUGUCCGACAAAGUCGCAGAAAUGAUUAACCCCAAUGAACAAGCAGACGCGACAAUAGCUCUCGCCUUUAAAGCCCGGGUCAAAGUCCUUUGGAGUGAGGAUAUGAUGACCAGUCUACAAGCGCGAUUGCACAGUCAGGUCCGCGCCCUAAACUUGCUAUUGCAAGCUUGUCAAUGCCGAACUUCCACCGAACAGCUAGAGCUUCUUCGGAAAGUCGAAAGUCGUCACAUCAUUAAAAAGGUGGCUGAUGAUACUGCAACUUUGCGAACCUCAAUCGGUAGCGCUGCGAGCUCCCAGGUCGACUCCCGUUCGAUCAGCAGCCGACAGCUAUCGUCUGUUGGUGAAAUUGAAUUUGACUUUGACGAUGCCCUACUAGCGACCUCGGCCUAUCAGGCUUAUCGUCAGCCUCAGGUGCGUCCUCCAGUGGAAGCGAGUAUGAAUGUCGGAAUACGGCGCGGGCCGUCUGUAGGAACGACACUGUCGGCAAGCGAUGAGGGAUAUGCAAGUCACGACCUCACGCCAAGUCACUCUGUAUCAACAACCAAUUCUUCCUUCUAUAGAGGCAACUCCUUAGGGCCGAAUGAUUCCGUAUACCCGGAUCAUGCCCGGAGUAAGAGUAUGUCGUUUGGGGCCCAACCAGUUCAAAAUGCUCCAGGGACGCGCCGCUGGGCUUCCACUGGCGGUGGUACUAAUCUGACGUCCCCCGGAGGGUCGAAGAGAGGAAAGUUUUUCUCUGCGUUGAAAAGGCUGAACACAUCCAGUCGCGCAAACUUGACUACCCCGGUCUCUCCUAAUCCGGCUGUAAGCCCGUCUCUCGGGUCUACAAGAGGUCGGCGUGGCCGCGAAAGCGACUAUACCACGAGUAUUGAUCUCAAUACACAAACCGGUAGAAAUGCACCUGAUAUUGUCAAAGCAGCACAAUUAGGUACGCGUUAUGACGUUGAAAGACUGAUAGGUAUCGGCCAUAACAUUGAAGAGUGCCAUUCCCAUUCCCGGCGAAAUGCCCUCAUGGUGGCCUCUCAUUGCGGAAAGGAAGAUAUUGCCGAUUUGUUAAUCCAAAAUAAUGCGCAAUUAAACCGGGCUGACGCAUCGGGCUCGACGGCCGUCCAUCUUGCCGCAUCCCGCGGUCACUCUGGUGUUGUAGCGCUGCUUCUCAUGGAGGCAAUCAAUCUAGAGGCCGAAACUCGGCAUGGGAGGACGGCUCUCUGGGUUUCAGCCAACAAUGGGCACCUUCAAACUACUCAGCUACUGCUCGAAGGCCGAGCUAGGGUGAAUGCUCGAGCAGAUAACCAAAUGACCGCUUUGCAUGUUGCAGCUCGGCAAGGCGACGUAGAAGUUGCUAGCAUCCUCGUCAGUUACGGUGCGGAUGUCGACGCUCGAGACGCUUCGAUGAUGACGGCUCUGCACUAUGCAUGUGAAGGUGGCUACUUGAAUGUCAUCGAACUUCUGCUUAACAACAGAGCAGAUAUCGACGUUGGUGGAAGUGGGCGAAAGACACCUCUCAUAUGCUCUGCAGCGGCUGGACAGCUGUUAGCCGUACAGCUGCUUAUCAAACGAAAAGCCAAGUUUAAAAGCACAGACGAGGGUGGAAUGACAGCUAUUCACUGGGCCGCAUUCAACGGACACGUUGAGGUCGUUCAUUUCCUGUUUAACCAGUUACGCGGUUCUCUGGCAUUGAAAAAUUCACAGGGUAGAACACCUCUGCACCUCGCCACGAUGAAUUCUCGUUUUUCCGUUGUGGAGUUCCUUGUGCGGAAGAGCUGUCCCUUGGAAACAAGAUGUAUGUCUGGUUUGGAUUCACUCCACUAUGCCUGUAGGGCAGACAGUAUCGAAAUCGUUCGAUUGCUCUUAAUAUCAGGGGCAGACAUCGAGAGCCAGGUGGAGCCAACACAACAAAGGCCUAUCCACAUCGCCGCAGCGGGAAGCUCAGUUGGACUGGUGAGGCUGUUAUGUGAACAGAAUGCAUCUCUCGAGGCUCGAGAUGCAGUGGGUGAUCGCGCAUUAUGCGUCGCUUCUAGACAUGGCCAUGCCGCUGCCGUGCAGGCCUUGUUGGAUCAUGGCUCUCCCUUGCAUCUCCGCUUUGGCGCUCGAUCAUACGAAGACUCGCCUCUUUGUUUGGCGGCAAAGGGAGGGCACUUGCCAGUCGUCUCACUUCUGAUGAGUCGUGGAGCGUCGGUGUUGAGCAAAGACGAAACGGGGUGGCCGCCAGUCCGUUAUGCCGCAUAUUAUGGACAUCCAGAUGUCCUACAGGCCUUGAUCAUGGCCGAGCCUUCAGCUACGAACCAGGAUUAUGGCUUUUCCCCCGAUUCGUUCGGCCUGUCUCCGGACCAAAUAGGCUUUGCGCCAGACGCAGGAAUAUCCUCAGAACGCAAAAGGCGAGUGCUUGAGCUUCUGAAAAGGUCAUCGCCCAGAGAAUCUACUGUAGUGAAUGAGGUGGUUCCUUCAAGACAACCACCGGCCACUCCGGUUCCCCACACCGAGCCUUUCGCUAUGUCUAGACCCAACUCGUAUGACCCAACAUCCCGGGGAUCUUUUGUCGACCCUGUUUUCUAUACCCAGUUUAAUGAUCCUCGACCGACUGAACUUCCGGGGACCUUGGAACAAGGCUUACCGAGUAGCCGAUCUGCAACACCCACCCACAUGCAUCGAGGCGAGCAAGAUUCUAGUGAGCCUCAGGAGGAGAAUACUAAUCGCAUUUCAUCGGCUGCAGCGUCUUUUCAGCCGAUUCCAGUUGUGCACCAGCCCUCAGGGGGGGCUGAUACAGGGAUAUUGCAUCAACCUCGACCGCAGAUACCAAGUGCCUCGACAAUAUUAUCCACAGAGCAAUUGUCAAAGUCCUUAACGCAUCUCAAUCUUCAGGUUGAAACCCCCGAGAAUUCUGAAGCUUCUUCAAUUCCAGAAUUUUAUGAGCUUGACGGAAAUACCACUCCACGACCAUCUGGUUCGCCGAGUAACCCUCCACCUGUUUCCCAUUCUCCACAUCAAGAAGGUGUGACUUCACCUUGCUAUGUACCGAGCGCUGGUACAUAUUACCUAUCCACUUUUGUGAUGCCUGAGUCUGGUCGUGGUUCUUCAGUCUACACAUGCCAGUUACCGCAACACAAACGAUGCAAGUUUUUUCUAUGGGAGAGCGAUGCCCAGAUUCGCGAGAAGCAGUCGGUACUUGCAAAUUCGACAUCCGAACCCAUGACUCCUAGAAAAACGCCGGUUAAGAGUUUCCAAAGAAGUGGAGGGCUCCUCACACCUACCACUGGUCAAAGUACUACUGGUCAAAGGAGACAAGCAGACUACGGGAGCCAAAGUACCAAUAUCACCACACCCAGCAGACGUCAAAGGAAUCGAGACUUUUCAUCCGACGAAGAUGCAUACGGUUGGGACGAAACCCUGGAUAAUGAGGUGGAAGGCCUGUUAGAUACGCGGGGUCCGAUAAGACAGCCCAUAUUUUCUCCCGAAACACCGAGAAAGACGCCUCGAACUGCUGUCAAUACGUCUCCGGGCAAACGAAAGCUUCAUGAAAUUAACGAUGAACCACCUCCGUAUUCCGAAAUAGACGGCACUCAGUCGACGUUGUCGAUCUCACAAGCAAGCACCAUACCUUCCUCGUCGGUAGAGAUUUCCGCGACUCCGACUCCGCGGCGGUACCAGGAUGUGCUGUCGGCGCAUUCAUCAUCGGACAGUUCAGAGCUUACUUCAAGUGCUCUGUCGAUACUCGAUCGCCAUGACGUCGUCAUUCCAACUCAGGCCAAAGACGAACUGGUAGCACUCCUUGAUCAACACCAUUUGAAGUUUAAGGGGGUCUUGCGUGGCAGAGAUAUAUCUAGAGUCGGGCUACAGAAUAGGAAUGAAGAGAUAGCUUUGUUGAAGGAAAGAAUCGAAGGCUUGGAAGCUGAGCGCGAAAUGGGUAGGAUUACAAUUGCGGAGUUGAGGUCUCGUUCAAUGGACUCCAACGCUGCCUCCAAACCACCCUCAUCUUCCUCCCCCGGCGACUCGUCGACCAUGUUCCGCCCUCCGGUCAAUCGCGCAAUGCGCGUUCUUGACAGAUCUUUCUUCAAGAAAAGCGUCCCAAUAUCGGCAGCGACAGUUCUAGAGACGAAGAACAUUUUAGACGUGCGGAAAAGGUUGAGCGCAAGCAACGACAUCCUCGAACUACCGAGAUACAGUAUCUGCACGAUUCCAAACCCAGGGCCAUUGGUUAUUGGAAAUGGCCGGUCGCUUGAUCUAAGCAGUACUGAAGUGAAGAAAAAGAAAUGUGUCCUAUUACGGGAGGGCAUUAAACAUGACGACACCGCUACCUGGUCUCCGACGAUUGGCGAACUUGUGAAUGAGGGCUUGGUUGGACUCGGUCCUUACACGGUGAACCUAGACUACGACUAUUGGAACUUUUCGGACAUUUUUCAGGCAAUUCUACCAGAGGAAGAGGCGAAAACAGGAGAAGCGCCGGAGGGGUUCACGCAGACCGGGCACGUCUUGCACCUGAACUUGCGGGAACGAUGGCACCCGUAUAAACACAUUCUUGCUGAGAUUCUGAUGGAUAAGAACCCAGGUGCCAGGACAGUUAUCAACAAGACAGAGAGCGUUGGCGCCGUAAGCGAAUUUCGCACGUUUCCAUUUGAAAUUCUUGCGGGCGAGAAGAACAUGAACGUGGUGGUUAACGAGCAAGGAUGUGCAUUCCACUUCGACUUUUCGCGUGUCUACUGGAACAGCCGCCUGGAGACCGAGCACCGCCGGUUGGUCAACAAAUUCAAACCGGGCGAGCUGGUCUGUGAUGUCAUGGCAGGAGUUGGACCAUUUGCCAUUCCUGCAGGCAAGAAGAGGAUUUUUGUCUGGGGCAAUGAUCUCAACCCGUACGGCUUCGAGGUCAUGGAGGACACCAUCGUGCGCAAUCGUGUGGAAGGGUUUGUGAAAGCGUUUAAUAUGGACGGCCGAGCAUUCAUUCGCAAAACGGCCAAAUUGAUGCAAGGCCCCACGCACAAGGCCAUUGUCAGGCCAAAAAUUCACAAAAGCCGAUUGUCAAAGGGAGAACCGCUCCCUCAACCCCAGGUUUUUGUCCGCCCUCCUACCGUGGAUCAUUAUGUCAUGAACCUUCCUGCAACGGCUAUUGAGUUCCUCGACGCCUUUGUCGGGGUCUAUCACGGCCAAGAGAGCCUGUUCCACCCAUCUACAGACCGAAAACUGCCCAUGAUACAUGUCUACUGCUUUUCAGGCCACUCUGAAGACGAACGAAUCGACCAUUUUGAUAUUUGCGAGCGAAUCUCGGAUCGAAUUGGAUUCUUGCUGACGCCUGAUGACACGGUCAACGGGUCAGGGAAUACUAAGAUAGAGUUGGACAUUCACAACGUGAGGCUGCUCAUCCAUCCCAGAAGCACUUCUGUCGACGGUCGCAUCAAAAAAAAAAGCAUCAAAAAAAUGACUGGCGUCAAACUCCCUCCCCCGACUCAUCGAAAGCGCGUUGCGCCCCAAGCAGAUCUUGAAGCGGCGUCGACUUUGAAACUUGGUCAGGACCAGAAUACGCAUACGCUGUCGCUGAGUGAGGCGCGACUAGUUAUCAACAAGGUGUUGGAGAAUAAGCGACGGGGAGGGAAGAAAUACGAUGAGCCGGAGAACUUGACCAAGACUCUGGACUACCUUGAGGUAUUUUCCCGAUUCAAGGACGAGGAGAAUAUCAAGGCAGUCGAGCGACUGCUCAAUUCACACACUGAAUUAGAGAUGUUUGAGAGGUCACAGCUUGGCAGUUUGUGCUGCGACAACGCAGAGGAGGCCAAGUCGCUGAUUCCUAGCUUGCAAACAAAGAUAUCGGACAACGAGCUGCAGGAGUUGCUCGAUGAGUUGACCAAGUUGCGCAACUUUGUCGAGUGA